UUCUUUGCGGUUCCUGCUAUGGCGUGCGACGACGAGUCCGUGUGGAGCGAGCUGCUCGUCAAGCUGAAGAUCCAGGAUAGCGUCAAGGAGCAAAUGAAAAAGAACGGGUAUGUAUCCGCGUCCAGCUUCUUCUGGUCCCUCAAAGAAGCGUGUGAGAAGAGCUUCGAAGACAUCCUGAAGAAUUCGGGUGUUGAGCCAGGGCCGGCCAUUUCCGCCACCCGAGGUUACAAGGCUGCUGCUCAGCAAGACGUGGCAAGCUUUGACGGUCUGGAACAUGACCUGACAGCUGAGAUCCUCACGCACCUUAGGGCGCCGCCGGAGUUCAUCAAGCUGUUCUUGAACGUGUGCUCGCAAUCCCAGCGGGUCUUUGCUUUGGAAGGUGCCCUCAGUGAGGGGUGGCAUCAGCCCACCCGUGGGCUCCCACAGGGCUGCCCUCUAAGCCCACUGAUCGCUGCUGCUGUGACUCAUGCCUGGUCAUGUUUUGUCUUAGGCCCGGAGGACACCAGCGCUCAGCCGAUCACCGGAUAUGGUUAUGUAGAUGAUAGGGUUCUUCUGCUUAGGGCGCACGGGUCGUUUGUGGAGCUGCGUUACGCCGUGGAGCGGUCCAACCGCUUUGACCAAGCAAUGCAGCUGGAGGUCUCCUUGCCCAAAUGCGCCAUCAUUGCUGAGGCCUCGAACACUGAGGCAGCUGAGCUUGCAGCAGCCCUAAGCUAUAAGCAUGAGCAAGACUUGGAAACUCUUGGCAUUGUUGCACCUCUGCAGGGGCUCCUACCGCGCUCCUUGAUCUUGCCGUGCUUCACCUGGGCCGCUGCCUACGUUGCCCCGGAAGCCCCAGACAUGGCUGCCAUUCAGCAUGAAAUCAACUACAUGAUGAUCCGCUUUGCGACCGCAGGGGCUGCCAGAGUCUUGUUGUGUGAGGUCGUUGGUCGGUUCCUUGAUUCCCAAUACAACUUGGAUGUGGCCACGCUGCGUGCCUACUGGCGAUCCGUGGUGCGACCGAUGGAUUGGACUGAGGCUCUGCCCCUUUCAGAACUCCAGGGCUGUGUGCUCAAGGUGCUCCCCAUGUUGGCCCCGACCCUGCAGCGACUGAAGUGGUCCUGCUGCAAUGGCUUCAGCACCACUAUCGUCAGCUCCACGUUGGGAGGACUGCGCGAGUGUGGGCCCCCGCACGCCGUGAUGACACCGCACAAUGCAGGUAACGACCGAAAUCUGAUUUUGGCCUCCAUCGGUGCGGGUACCUCCAACUGGCACUUCAACGCUGGGGGCCGCUUCGACGCUGGGCGUCAACGGCACAUCUGUGCAUGCGGUUCUGCUCGCCCAAGCCGACCUCACCUGGUUUGGGCUUGCCCUCAUUUUCGUGGUCUGCGGGCUGACGUUCAGCUCCCGGAGAACACUGCGCAGGAGCGCCUCUUUGCCAUGGAGGACGGCGUGGGCUCCUCGGGUGUCGCCAUCCAGCAUCCUGACACGGUUGCUGCCUGUGGCGAUGGACUGGAGGCCGUGAUCGCUGUGGUCCAGGCUUCUUCUCCCGGCUCUUUGGUGCAAUGGCGUCGGCUCUUCCUCGUCGUGGACUGCCAGGCUGCGAUUCGGGCGAUCCAGAGCAACAACGGCUUCGACUACGCGCUCUUGCUC